CCUGGUAGAGAAGUAGAACAUCAUCCCUGCCUGUGGAAUCUGAGAACCAUCUCCUGGAAGAGCACUAGCAGAGACUUAGCUGGGACCACUUCCUCUCCACAAUCAUGAAGGUGGCCUGCUUUCUGCUCCUCACUCUGGCCCUGUUCUUCUUGUACUCAGAUGUUGCUGUCAAUGCACAACACAUCCACCAUCGUUGUGAACCUGGCUACCCCAGACAGUGCAAUAACAGACCUGGAACACCCCACUGUGGUACCGAUGGGAGGACCUACCCAAACCACUGCUCGUAUUGUAAUGCAGAAGCUCGAAAUCCACGCCUUAGAGUGAGGUGUCUUAGGGACUGCAGAAGAUGUCCCCGUAAGGACGAGUGAGAGGCAUCCAUGAAAGAAUAUGCACUUCAUUUCAUGCCUUGCUCACCGCAUCACCACAAAGACAUCCCUCGUUCCCUCUGCUUGUGCUCUCUUAGCCACUGAAUACUUUGCAACAUCUUAAUUUCUUUUACCAAUAAAGCUAAGCAUCCUAA